AUGGUGAAGCCUUUUGCAGUCUCAAAGUCAAAGCGGGUGCCUGUACGACUAAGGCAUAAAAUCGAAAAGGCGAGUGCAGCGAAACAGAGGAAAUCGAGGAAAGAAUCGAAAAAGAAUCCUCAAUGGAAGUCUCGUCUGAAGAAGGACCCCGGCAUUCCCAACUUAUUCCCAUUUAAAGAGAAGUUACUUGAAGAAAUCGAAGAAAAGAAGAGACAGAAAGCAGAAAAUGCACAGAGACUACGGGAUGCGGUAAAAGACAAGAAGAAGGGCAGACAAGAAGACGAUACAGGCAACGUCGACGAAGAUGACCUCAUGGAAGAGGAAGAAGACGAUGAUUCAGUUGACGAUGUUAUGGACGAGGACGACGACCAACUCAAUGGCAAUACAAAUCCUCUAGCAGCUUUGGUCGCAUCUGCUCAGGCUCGAGCCGCAGAGUAUGAUGGUGGGGGCCUUGAGGGUGACAUGGCUGCGGAAGACGAUGAAGACGCGGACGCAGGUGGUAUUCAACUCUCUGAGACUAUGGCCACAGACCACAGAAAUCCGGAUUCGUCACGCAAAGCCUUCGACAAGAUCUUCAAAAAAGUCCUGGACUCUGCGGACGUGGUGUUAUACGUGCUGGAUGCUCGAGACCCCGAGGGUACUCGGUCACGCGAGGUCGAACGGCAGAUCAUGACUGCCGACGGGGGCUCGAAGCGGCUGAUCCUGGUUUUAAACAAGAUCGAUCUGGUUCCCGCACCAGUGCUCAAGGGCUGGCUGACGCACCUUCGACGAUAUUUUCCCACGAUCCCGCUGAGAGCAUCAACACCGGCUUCUAACGCCCAGACCUUUGACCACAAACAAUUGACCCUCAAAGCCACCUCGGAAACAUUACUGAGGUCCCUCAAAUCGUACGCGGCCUCGAAACAACUGAAACGAGCCAUUUCUGUUGGUGUCAUCGGAUAUCCUAACGUCGGUAAAUCGUCUGUCAUCAACGCCCUGACAUCCCGCUUGAACAAGGGCACACAGAGCUUCGCGUGUCCAGUCGGCUCCGAAGCUGGUGUCACGACCAGUCUGAGGGAGGUUAAAAUUGAUAGUAAACUGAAAAUCCUGGAUUCUCCGGGUAUUGUCUUCCCAUCAACUGUGGACGGCGAGGACAAAGAGGACAGACAGCGACGGAAAGCCGAACAUGAAGCUAGACUCAUCCUUCUUAACGCCCUACCGCCGAACCAGAUCACUGAUCCAAUUCCAGCGGUGACAUUGCUGCUGCAGAGAUUGUCGACGUCAGAGGCGCUGUCUCAAAAAUUGCUGGGACACUACGGAGUCGUUGCGCUCGGGCCGUUCGGCCAGGGUGACAGGACGACGGAUUUCUUGGUUCAAGUGGCACGCAAGAGAGGCAGACUGGGAAAAGGGGGUGUUCCGAAUCUCCACGGGGCGGCCAUGACCGUGAUUACAGACUGGCGGGAUGGCAGGAUACAGGGCUGGGUCGAGCCGCCCACGCUGAAAGUUGCGGACGACUUGCAAAUGGGUGAUGCCCAAGUGGAAGAGUCAGACAAGGCCUUGCCUAGUGGUGCCGACAGGAAAGAGAUCGUCAAGGAAUGGGCCGCCGAGUUCAAGUUGGAGGGACUCUGGGGCGAUGGUAAAAGUGAUGAAGCUGCGCAAGAUGCUAUGCAAGUAGAGUCAUGA